AUGUAUGCACGAAAAUUUUUAACCACACGUUGUUUUCGUCAUCAAUUAGAAUUAUUAAAUAAUUUUUAUCAACGACCAAAUCAACGACCAAGUUUUACACAAGUACAAUUAAGAAAAUUUUCAUUAUCUAAUGCCAUUCAUACACGUUCAGGAAGUUCUUAUACAUCGAGAGAUAUUAACCAAACGUCAAAAAGUAAUGAUGGUUCUGGGGGAAAAUUGACUUUUAUUUGUCCAAAAUGUGGAGAUAUUUGUUCUCAUGUAGAAUCACUUGUCUCUUCAACACGUUUUGUAAAAUGUGGAAAAUGUAGUCAUUUUUUUGUGGUGCUAUCCGACAGUGAUCCAACCAAAAAAGUGAAAGAUGAGAAAAAAGUCAAACAAAAGCCUCCACCUCCACCGAAAAAGGUCUAUAAUCAUUACAAACGUUUAAAUAAUAAUCUUUAUUCAUCAGCAGCUAAACAAGAACAACAUAAAGAACAAAUACCAAUACAACAAAAUUCAAUUGAAAGUACAGGUCUAACCAGUAUUUCACCACAACGAAUAAUACUCAAUGUUGGCAUACCGUUUUAUCAUAUCGGUUCAAUACAAGAUGGUGGUACACAUCUAGGCUCAUCGCCAUCUGCGUCAAAUUCGGAUUCAUCGUUUUCAUCAUCGACAAGCGAAGAAAUGAAACAUGGUAGUGAUAUUUUAAAUGCCGAACAACAGGAUAUCAAACUAGAAAAAAGCAAUAUAUUGAUGUUAGGACCAACUGGAAGUGGCAAAACAUUACUCGCACAAACUAUAGCCAAAUGUUUAGAUGUGCCAUUUGCAAUAUGUGAUUGUACAACGCUUACUCAAGCAGGAAUUGUAUUUUUGGAUGAAGUUGAUAAAAUUGGAUCAGUCCCGGGAAUACAUCAACUACGUGACGUUGGUGGUGAAGGAGUGCAGCAGGCUUUACUGAAAAUGCUUGAAGGAACAAUUGUUAAUGUUCCUGAACGAAGUUCGAGAAAAAUGCGUGGUGAAACGGUACAAGUUGACACAACUAACAUCUUAUUUGUUGCAUCGGGUGCAUACACAGGACUCGAUCGUAUAAUUAGUCGUCGAAAGAGGGAAAAAUAUCUUGGAUUUGGUUCAACAUCAAGUAAUGAAUUACCAUCGAGACGACGUGCCGCACAAUUGGAGUUACAUGAACAACGAAGUGAUAAUAUUCUAUUAGAUGAAGAAAAUCAAGAACGUGAUCGUUUCCUUCAAGAAUGUGAAGCUCGAGAUUUAAUUGACUUUGGAAUGAUACCUGAAUUUGUCGGAAGACUUCCUGUAAUCGUAGCAUUUCAUACUCUCAGUGAAGAUAUGCUUGUAAGAAUAUUAACUGAACCAAGAAAUGCUUACAUACCACAAUAUCAAACUCUAUUUAGCAUGGAUAAAGUACAGCUAGAUUUUACUGAUGGAGCACUAAAAGAAAUAGCAAAAAAAGCUGUACAACGCAAAACUGGUGCUCGUGGAUUACGUUCGAUUUUGGAACGAAUUUUACUUGAGCCAAUGUUUGACAUACCUGAAUCAGAUAUUGUUGGUGUACGAAUUGACGAAGAAACUGUUAGUUCUAAAAAAGAACCAGAAUACAUUUAUUCGAGAACGACAUCGGACGACAGACAAAUGGCGUAUUCUGCCAGCAGUGAGGAAGAAAAAAUUUCAAUUCCAACCGGUUAA